GCUCGAACAAGUGUGUUCUUUGAGUGUAGAACCCAGGGAUGGUACAAGCAUGUCAAGGUGUAGCAAGGCCUACUCGUAAGGGCCAAGCCCCAAGUAACUACCUGAAUGGUCCAGCCCAGCAGCUCAACUUCAGUUGCUUUUGGCAAAACUCAGUGCACUGUGCACUCUAUGUACAUCUGGAGGCGCUCUCUUCAAGGACCUCAGUCUCAUCUCGAGGAGCACCUGGCACCUCACCCCAGGUGCACCAUGCACGCUAUGUUACAACUGUGAUCUUCUGUGACAUUACAGCUUAUAUAUAUGAUUAUAUAUGCUUAAUAUUUAUAUAUAUAUACAUAUACUGAUUAUCGUUUGUGUCUAGUUUUCUACCAAGCAUUCGCUGCUUCUUUUUGAAUAUCCUAAGUGUUCUUGAGUUGAUGAGCCUGGCUCGAUCCGCGCUCAGCGUCCAAUGUCCGUCUCCGGCCUGGAUCACAAGAGCAUUGUUGCCAUGAGCCAGCUUUGCACUGAGGACUUGGACGCAAAGAUGAGAGAGAAGUCUGCCCUAUCCAAACAGCUGGCGGACCUAAAGCGAGCAAAAUUGCAGUAUGACACAAAGCUGCAAAAGAAGAAGAAAGAAGAUGAUAGCGUGAUUGUGCAGACCAUGGAUAUGGAGAAGAAGUUGCAGACGCUCAACAACAGCAAUCGGGUUGCAACCGCGGAGCUUUCAGGCUUGGGAGCUGAGAAUGAGCGCUUGCGUCAAGACAUCGAUGCGUUGAGGUCGCAUUUGCAAGAGGCCACAGUGGCCUAUGAGACGGAAUGCGAGGCUUUGGAGGGACUGAAGCAAGCUUUACAGGCUACGCGCAAGGAGCUCGCUGCUGAGACAAAGCAGCGGGACGUUGUCCAGCAGGAUCUCCGGGCCUCAAGAACGGCCCAAACCCUCAUGAUUAAUCGUCUUGAUGACAUUGAGAGAAGGAAUAAAGCGCUGAAGAAUUGUGUUGCCAGUGCAAUGAGUCGCUGAUUCGCCGGCUAGCCUGGAAUGCCUUCAUGUUAGCACUCGCUUUCAUGCUACGUGUGUA